GGGCGGUCCCGGCGGGAGGGAUGGCGGCGGGAGGGCCCCCUGGCGGCGAGCGGGCGGGUCGGAACCUGAAGGAAUGGCUGCAGGAGCAGUUCUGCGACCACCCCCUGGAGCACUGCGAGGACACCCGCCUGCACGACGCAGCCUACGUGGGGGACCUGCCCACCCUCGAGAGCCUUCUGCAGGAGGAGAGCUUCCAGAGCCGGAUCAACGAGAAGUCUGUGUGGUGCUGUGGGUGGCUGCCCUGCACACCGCUGCGCAUUGCUGCCACCGCCGGCCACGGCCCCUGUGUUGACUUCCUCCUCCGCAAAGGGGCUGAGAUCGACCUGGUGGACGUGAAGGGGCAGACUGCCCUCUACGUGGCCGUGGUCAAUGGGCACCUUGAGUGUGCCAAGAUCCUCCUAGAAGCUGGGGCUGACCCCAACGGAAGCUGGCACCAUCGCAGCACCCCUGUCUACCACGCGGCACGUGUGGGCCGUGCAGACAUUCUCCAGGAGCUGAUCAGGUACGGUGCAGAUGUGGAUGUGAAUCACCACCUCAAUUCCCGGGUUCCCAGCCUCUCCGUGAGGCCCCUCACCACCCUGAUGGUCUGCCCACUGUACAUCAGCGCUGCCUACCACAACCUCCAGUGCUUCCGGCUGCUGCUCCAGGCAGGAGCCAAUCCAGAUUUUAACUGCUGCGGGCCCAUCAACAUCCAAGGCUUUUCCCGGGGCUCCCCAGUGUGUGUGAUGGACGCUGUCCUGCAACAUGGCUGUGAAGCGGCAUUCGUCCGCCUCCUGAUUGACUUUGGAGCCAAUCUGAACCUGGUGAAAGUGGAGGCCUUGGGCGCUGAAUCCUCAGGAAGGGUCAAAGUCAACCCUGAGGCUCUGCAGGUGUUCGAAGAAGCGAGGAGCCGCACUCGGAGCCUCUUGUCUCUCUGCCGCAUAACUGUACGAAGAACACUUGGCAAAUUUCGUCUGGAUCGGAUCCAUACCCUUCCAGUCCCAGACCUCAUUAAACAAUUUUUACUUUACGAACACAAUUCAGACAGUUAAAGGGCAACUGACUGCUUUCCAGGACAGUGUGAUUUUGUAAAUGAGUGUGGUGAUAAAUCCAGGUGCCAAUCCUAACCCUUCUCCCCCCGGUGAAAUACUGUAUUGCUCAUGGAUUGCACAGAAUUCACUGCCCCUGUGAUUUUCUCCUCCAAAUUUAGGGUGCAGUGAUUUUGUGUGUCUAUUCUUAAGCUACCAGUGCCAAGGCCAGGUUGGAUGGGGCUUUGGGCAACCUGGUCUGGUGGAAGGUGUCCAGCCCAAGCGGGGGGUUUGGAACUGGAGGGACUUCAAGGUCCCUUCCAACCCAAACCAUUCUGUGAUUCCAUGAUGGAAUUGGUGAUCUCUUGUUUGCAACUGGUUGGGUGAUGAGGCAAAUAACUGUGUGUAAGUGUUACAUGAGCAAAUAUAAUGUGUCCCAGAGCUGUUAGCAUAUGUCUGUUAUGACUCUACCUCUGUUAUUGCUCUGUGUUGCACACCUUGGGUCUCAGCAGUGCUUCUGCUUGAGGAAAGUGUCCGUACUUAAGCCUUUCCUCUUCGUAUAGUGUACAAGGGAGUCUCCUCACCUUGGUAAGGGUGUUACAACAGCACUGUUCUCUUUCUGCCAUCAGUACCUGGCCUUUCCCUUCCUGACAGAGUUUGUAGUUGCUGCUAUAAAAGUGAGUGUAUUUUCUUCUGUCCUCUUCUAGUGUGAAAUGCAUCAGGUUUCCUGUCCAGUGCUGUGUGUUACGUGGAAAAUUAUAUCUGUGUCUCUGCGUGCUGCAAGGUAGCUGCUGACUUGGCUUUCUCUGUGUAGAGGCCCCAUCGCACAGAUGGGAGAGUAGCAGAACAAGUAAUCCUGUCUUGUCUGAGUCGUUUCUCCAGAGCACCUGAGACUCCCCCUCCAGCACUGUGAUGUGACCUCCUUCUGACCGCCUGGGAACGGGUCGUGUCUGCAAUCACUGCCAUAGCACCAAAGAGGGAGCAUGGAGAGAGGAGGAAAAGGGAGUUUCAUCUCUGGAAACUGAUGGCUACCUGGCUUGUUGUGAGGAUGGGAUCCCCAUGGCUCGCUUGCCGCUACGUGUGUGGUGGGAUGGGGACUGUGAUACUCGGAUAAAGCCAGUACAUGAACCUGAAAGAUUUCUGGGCUAACUUUUGGAAAAGUAAUAGCUAAAUUUAUCUCCUGUUCACUGUAAAAUGCAUUUAAAUAUUUAGGAGUGAUGAAGACCAACAGUGAAGGAGUUGCUAAAUUAAACUGUUGCGUUGCUGUGCUGGGUGGUAGUUGAUUGAAUACGUAUGAAUGUAUCUGUGUGAUUAGGAAGGAAAGGACCCCAAAACGAUCUCUAGCCUGCCUGCUCGCAGCACUGCUGUGAUUGUGAUGUUGCUGAAGGCCCAGUAAAGGAGCUGACAAUGCGCAGCACAUCAAGAUAGUUUCCUACUGACCUUUUACUCCAUUUACCGUGAUGGCAGUAUGGCCAGAGAAAACUCUCCCAGAUCCACUUAACAGUCUUUUUGUUUGCACGUGGCUUCUACCAGUGUUCUGGGAAAGGGAGAAAAAAGGACUUCUUGGCACUUCUUGAAGAGUUAGGAGGUUAUGUGCUUCUAAAUGCAGUGUUGCAUCCAGCAGCCUGGGUUCCUUUCAUUUCCAGUGUCUCCCUGUUGCUGUUUACCUUCCUGUCACAAGUCCAUAGCAGGGUGUCAUGCUGCAGUGAGCCGAGAAUCUUCCUUGGGAUUUCAGGGUCAACCAGCUCCUUGAAGCAACCUGGUCAUUGUAUAGGAAACAUGUCAAAACAUCAUCUUCGCAAGGACAGAGAUGAUGGUCCCUCAGGAUCUUGGGUAAAAACCCGGGGGAUAAUCAGUACUUGCUUUUGCUUUACUGAUCCAAGUUCUUUCUAGGCUGUGUUACAAGUCGAUUUUUAUGACAAUUUUUGUUUGCCAGACGUUCUUCUCAUGCAGUUGGCAAGGGGAUUUUUCCAGAUGUGAUGCUAAAGAUGUUGGGAAUUGUGGGGUGUUGGUGCCUGGCAACCUGUUGUUGAGAGCCGAGUUAAGCAUGGGAUGGCAAGGACAGUAGGACAACCCCUCCUGUGACCAGAGAAGAGCUCUGGUCGCUCUUCUCCUUGACUUGCUGUAGUAACAGGGCAGUGGGCUUGUUUAAGCUACCUUGGUUUUUGGGUUGGGAUGCCUUUGGCCAACAGCCCUGGUUGUGCUGUUACUGCAGGAGCGGGUCCUCUGGGCUGUCCCGUGGAUGUUUCAGUUUCUGGUCCUCCUGCUAUGGGAUAUGUUUAGAGUCGAGUUCAAUAAGUAAUGAUGGACUUUCUUGUACAUUUUAUUAUCUGCCGAAGAACAUGUGCCUUUCCAAGAUGCUUUCAGAGAAGGAGGAAUGGGAGGAAAAGCACAGUCCCUGAUUGUUUCCUGUCACUUUGAUUUCGUGGCCAGGCCUGGAACAUCCAGGUGGCCCUUUGUGUUGCUCUGCUUACCGAUUUUAGGAUAAGGUGGCAAAAUUUGCACUUCUGAGAACUGCCUAAAGUGUGGUGGUUACACUCAGUGCUCAGAUACCAAAGCAAAGGAUGCUUUCAAACCCCUCAUCAGGUGAGAUGUGAUGGCAAGGAUAUGUGGCUGUAGGCACGCUUUCAAGGGGAGAAGGCAGCAGUUAGGCACUGUUUCCUUUUCAGGCUUGCAGAUGGUUUAGGUUUUCACCAUGCUGGGGGCCAGGGCAGCCCACGAGCACGUUGCCUGAGAGUUGUGUGCUUGCUUUAUAGAAGUGUUAACAUGCCUGAAAGAUGCAGACAGGUUGUAAAGCCUCUUGUCACCUUGCUGGUGGAACCAUAAUGUUUUGCAGGAGCACAGGCCAAACGUGCUCUCUAGCUCCAGUGUAUAGAGACAGAAAAUGAGGUAGGGUGUCUUGAGAAAACACCAUCACAACAGCUUCUUUGGGUUGACUUUUUCCCCCCUUGAUUUUUACUUGUUUGUGCAGUUUCACAAACUGGUCACCCUUUAGUGCCUUUUGGCUGAGGGCGGUAGGAUGGAUGUGGAAGACACGUGCUCUGCGGGGGGGAGAGCUGCCUCCACCUGGAAUGAGAUACAGUGAGAUGUCGUGGUGUGAAUGAUGGGAGGUGGCCCAAAGAAACUCAGAGAGUUUGGUUCUUAACUCAGUGCCUGAUGUAACUGGUAGAUAUAUGUAGCUGAAGCUAAAGCCCUGCAGAUGACCUGUUCCAGUUUUAAUUAUGAGGCACUGGCCCGGGUUGCCGGGGAAGUUUUGGAUGCUCCCUCCCUGGAAAUGUUCAGGGCCAGGUUGGAUGGGGCCUUGAGCAGCCCUGGUCUAGUGGGAGGUGUCCCUGCCUAUGGCAGGGGGUUGGAACUGGAUGAUCUUAAGGUCCCUUCCAACCCAAACUAUUCUAUACUUCAGUAUUUGGUUUGUUGACUGUUGUGCUCUUGUCUGACGCUGUCCUACAGUGUCCUUACAGCCAGUGGCACCCGGACCAGUCUAGCGACUGUGCUCACGCCUGGAACUGUGAUUCCCAGGUGAGGGAGAUGGUGAAGAGCCCCCACUUCCCACGCACAGAGUCAAUACCUGGUACCGAUUCCUUGUAGGUCUCGCUGGUGAGCUCAAGGCAUGCUGCAGGUAGAGGUUUUGGCUCAAGCCAAAACUCUUCACAUCCAGCCCAUUUGGCAUCCAAAAGAUUCUGCUGUCUAUGGAUCCACAGGUCAAAGGAUCGGUCUCCCAACCCAAUAGCAAACAAGCCUGAAGUUUGUUAGUCACUUGGACAUUUGCCCAAUCAAAGCUUUGGCCUUUUUGACUGGAGUACCCAUCCCACUCCCAUCUUAACUGAGGGGCUCCUGCGAAAGGCUCGGUGUUAAACUUGGAUGGUCUGUCUUUUGGCGUGAGGGCCUGAAGGGGGUCCAGCUCGGGGGGACAACUUGCAUAAUAUUAGGCUGUAAGAGCAAAGACUGCUGUUAGAGGAAGUCGCUGUGGACUUGGGUUGCUGAGGCUACAUAAACCCGGUUUUGCCUCAGUGAAGUAGUUUCAUAGGCAGACUUGGAAGAUCUGGGAUUUUCAUCAUAGAAAGAUAAUGAAUCUCAAAAUAGAUUUAUGAUAUUCAUAGACUCCGGUGUCUUGUCCUGUAGAGCCAAAACCUAUGUCCUGUGGCUGUCCCUGUCCUUUUAAACCCAAGGAACAACAGUCUUCCAAUAUGAAAUCAGAGUAAUAUGUGCGUAUUCUAUAUCUUCACGCUAUAUAAACAGCAUUUAUUUUUGCCUUAACUCGGACCUCACCAUUUCCUGUGUAGCAAAGUGUUGCCUUUUAUAAAGGCGUUCUUUUCCAUGGUGUCCAUCAGCUCAAAUAACCUGAGUAACAGAUGGGUGUCGUGAAGACAGAGGUGGGAAAUUAAAUGUUUGCAGUGUUCAUCCCCUAGACUGAAGAAUGCCUAAUGUAUUUGCGUGUAAGAUACAGACCGUGCCUUGUGUGGCCUUGCUGUAAGCUUGGCUGGGCUGGGAUAACAAGGUUUGGAAAACGGUUGAAGAAUCAAAACAGAUCUGGAAUAAGCAAAGCAGAUCCAAAGCGAUCUUUUUCAUGUGGGCUUUCUUCUUGUCUUUGUUGCUGUGGGGAAUUUCCAGAGCAUGAAAUGCUGGUAGCUGGUACCCAAAUACAACUUCCUGCUCUUUGGGAGUUCUGGAGAAGGUAGAGGAACGGCAUCUGUUGGGCUGAAGUGUUUUGUUCCCCCUUUAUCACCAAAGUAGAGCACUUUUUACACCAAAACCAGCCUUUGAUGUACAGUACCUCUUUACCCCUUCCUGUUCCAGUGAAGAGAGCAGCGUAAGAAGCUGCCCAGGACGGGGUAAAGGUGACAGAGUCCCACUUCAGUCUGAGCUAAUCAGAGUUUUGUGGAUUGUGCCCAACCCAGAUCAGAUCUGAGAGCAGACGGGAGGUGUCUGUGGUGGACCUGGAGCCGUGUGUAGCCGAAUAAACCUGUUCCAG